AUGAGGCGCUUGUGCCCAGCCACGAGUAAACUACCCGAACGCAACAUAGGGUCAGAACCGAUCAAUCAUCUAUCGGGAAAAAUCAGCUUCGGUAUUGCCUGCGCCCUGGCAUUGAUCAUUGGCUGGCAGCCGCUGCUUGUCACAGAGUAUUUGGCUGGCUGGACUGACCUGGUGAUCGAUCAGCUGGGUGUUGGAUUUCUAUGGACUGGCACGGCGAUGCUGCUAACCGGGCUCACGCUGGCGCUGACGCCGAUUGGCCGCCUACGGCUUGGCCAGGACGACGGUCAACCUGAGUUCAGCCGGCUUUCGUGGAUGGCGAUGCUAUUCGCCACUGGCAUGGGUUCGGGGCUGGUCUUCUGGGGCGUCGCCGAACCGCUAACCCACUACGCGAACCCACCGCAGGGGUCGGGUGCGGACAAUGCCCUGGCCUUAACGUUUUUUCAUUGGGGACUACACGCCUGGGCGAUCUACGCGAUGGCUGGGCUGGUAAUUGCCUACUUCGCUUUUCGCCAUCGCCAGGGAUUCACCAUCGCCGCACCACUGACCGCAACGCUGGCACGGGUCGUCCCAAUCCAGGCAGCGCAAUUUGUUGGUGGCCUGGCCACACUACUGGCAAUUUUGGCAGUUAUUUUCGGCGUUGCCGGGACCCUAGCUAACGGCGUGAUCUUACUGCGCUCGGGCAUGGUCGCGCUCGGAUUGUCAGCUGGCGCACUGCAAGUAGUGCAGUUCGGUUUGCUGGCUCUCCUGUCAGGCGCAUUCUUGACCUCGGCGCGCUCCGGGCUGAGUCGCUCAAUCCGUUGGCUUAGUUUAGUCAAUCUCAGUUUGGCCGCGGGGCUGUUUGCCUAUCUGUUCAUCUUGCUGGAGCCGCUGGAUUUGAUCUCCAGGCUAUUCACAAGCAGUGCGGUGUAUUUGCGAAGCCUCCCGGCCUGGUCAUUGCAGUUGAUUGAAACUGAGAGCGGGCAUGGUUGGGCACACGGAUGGACGAUUACAUACCUGAUCUGGUGGAUCGCCUGGACGCCGUUUGUCGGCGUGUUUAUCGCCAGAAUUAGCCGCGGGCGCACCAUUCGAGAGUAUCUAUUGGCCGUGAUCUUGGUCCCCACCAUCGUGUCAGUGCUGUGGUUCACCACCUUUGGCGGCGGGGCGAUUAGCUUCGACCAGGCCAACGAUGGACUGCUCCAAAGCGAAUUGAUGGUCGACUACACCCGCCCUCUUUUCGUAUGGCUUAACCAACUACCGUUGGGCGUGGUUCUGCAGUUGGUUAGCGUAGUACUGCUAUUCGUGUUCCUUGUCACCAGCGCCGACUCCGCCGCUUAUGUGCUUGGUAUGCUGGGCAGCAAUGGCAAUCCUGAGCCGAGUAACCGCAGCAAGCUGGGCUGGGGCGCUCUGACCGUGUUAAUUGCCGCCAGCCUGCUGGUUCGCAAUGACGUCGACAUCAACAAAGCCGUGGCCAUUGUUGGGGCCAUUCCGUUCACCGUCAUUCUUUGGCUGCAAGUGUUGGCGUUGCUGUUAGCAAUCUUUCGCGAAUGGCGUAAACCCAGCGGACAGAUCUCUAGCUAG